AAAAAAUAAAAUAAAAAAAUUGAAUGUGAAUUUAAACGGAUUUUCGUCACAAAACUCACCGAAUGGUUUAGCCGAAUUCUGCUAAGCCUUUGAUUUCUUGAAACUUGAAAGGUAGCCUUCGGCCGAACUAGUCGAUGAGACCUUUAGACUUAAAUGUCAUUUUCCAAUUCAUAUGUAUGCCCACAUUUAUUUGAUAGUUAAACAAUUCAUUCCGUUUGGUUAUGCAAAAAUGGCCAGAAGGCUCAAUUCCCGCGUUUUCCUACUUCCCACUCUCUUCAGAAUCCCUAAAACCCAGAUAAAAUCGCCAAACUCGCCUCUUAGAUUACAAACCCUUUCUGAUUCAGUUCUGAUAAGUUCAAGAAACCCAAUAAAUGGCUGGUCUUGCCCAAUUUUACAAGUAUCACGAUCAUAUGCUCGUGAUGGACGUUCGUACUAUGAUCUCUUUGGCAGUGGAAAACCAGGAGAUGAGGAAUUCAGGAAGGCCUGGGAGAAGGAGACAGAUGAAGAGAGUUGUCUCUGGACUGGAAGUGAAGAUGACAGUGAUACCGAAAAAGGACGAAGUCAUCUUGAAGAAGAGAUCAAGAAAGUAAAGCAGAAGGCAAAGGAGCACUCGGACCUCAUUGAUGGUGAUGACAGUGAUGAGUUGAGAAGUGUAUGGUCUGAAAGUGAUGAGGAGAAGACUCUGUGGACUGGUAGUGAAGGUGAUGACGAUGACGAUAUUCCUACUGACCCUUACCCAAAUGAAAAAAGUGAUGCACACAUUGACAAAUUGUUUGAGUUUGAUGAAAAACCUAAAUAUCGAACAAUCUCUGAACUCCUGAAAGCUGAGAACGAACCAGAAGAGUUGUCCCCAGGAAAGCAAGCUAGAAAACUUGCAGUUGAGAAUGCUCUGAAAAAAUUGAAAAAAGGGCCAGAUGGGCGAUACACCAAUGUGUGGGAGGUCGCAAGUGAUUUGGACAUCUUGAUUGGAGCAUUUGAAAAUGUUGUUUCAGGGCCAGAAUAUGCAGAACUUAGACAGGGAGGCCCUAAGAAAUUAAAUAUUCAGUUUUUCAAGGAUAUACAAGCUCGAAUGAGAGAUCCGAACUAUAAGUUCUCGCCUGAGUUAAAGUUAAAACCAAAGAGCAAGCUGGUCCCAAGAAAGAAAUGGCAGAAGACACAAUCCAGAAGAAGGAAAGCACAGAAGCGCUAGGUCAUACUUUUUCCUUUUCCUCCCUUUGGUUUUAUUUAUUCAAAUCAAACAUGUAUAUUUGUUAUCUUUUGGAAUCAUAUUUCAAAUGUUCAUCCAUAUAUACUGUAUUACAAUUUUGUUUUCUUUUAUAAAAUUAGCAUGAAUUGGUAUAAUUAACUGACUGUCCAUGAAUAG